AUGUCAGGAAUUUCAAGACCGUUUUCCAGACUAAAUCCAUCUGCGCUGCCCUACACAACUCCUCCUCCUCAUUUGGCACCACUAAAAACGACCACGAAACCAAAAGAAAUAUAUAAUGAUUACAGACGUGCUCACUCAACCUACCCACCUUCUUAUUAUUCACAAUAUCCGUCUCAGAAACCCUCUUAUUAUUCACCUCACUAUCAAGUUCCCUAUACACCCGUUUACCAGCCUCCGUAUUUUCCUCCAACUCCAAUGCAGCACUUUGUCGAGCCACAAUUACGCGAUGGUGAAGCUCAUAUAUUUCCAAAAGAGAUUAAUACGGUGACAGCAUCCACACCAGCAUUUCCAAAAUUUUACGGUAAUGAAGCACAAACUUAUUCCAACGAAAAGUACACACCAGCUACGCAGUAUACCACCAUACCGCAGCUACGGGAUAACGAGGCGCGAACUUAUCCACGAGAGCUGUUUAUAACUACUACGCAACCUACCACUACAUCACAGACACGUUACAGUGAACCUGUACAGCCACUGACGAAGACAACAACACAACCCUCUACUGUACCAAAGCAUCGCGACAACGAACCUCGGACGUACGCAAGACAGCCUUUCACAACUACUACUUCUGAAUCUGUGACUGGAACUUCAGUGAAAGAUGAAACACGUCCAGAAGAUAAUUUAUUCAGAACAACACCUCCAAUCACCACCCUGAAGUAUCCUGGUAUAACACCCGAGUACCCACAGGGCUAUAAUUUAAAACCAUACCAUUACCCGUCAUCGACUUCUGCUCCUCCAGAUCACUAUGUUUCUCGUGAUAAUAAUAUGAGCCUAGAUGACAAUGUUGCUCGCGUUCGUCUAACACCGUCUCCUCCAGCAAGAAAGAAGGCCGGAGAGCCAUCACAACUAAAACCCUUAGUCUACAAACAAUCGGAAAUAGACAACGAUGAUGAAGAGCCAAAUGAUGAGGAAGACCCGUAUCAUUUAGACAAGAUUGUGAUUGAACCUGAUGCCCCAGCUCCCUAUGUUCCGUUUGAUUUAGAAGGUAUUAACGGCGAAACUUCAAAUGGUAAAAAAAGCCUCCCUCAGUGGUUGCUCAAUUUGCUGCAGAAAUAUGAAGACUCUACUAAAAUCACAAAAUCACCUAAUAAAACCUUGGAAACUUUUAGUGGAUUAAAUGGCAAGAACGAGAAACUGGAAGGCUCAGAAGAAAUAAAAAUUUUUUCUAAUAGUUCGUCCGAACAAAGUUUAGAAACUUCUAGCAGUGAAAAAUCGCUAGAGUCAGAUAUGCCUGACGCAGCUAAAACAAGCGCGGAAGGUGAUGAAUCACCAUUAGUGAGAAUGGGAUCACCAAGCACUCGAAAAUUGAUGAAAUACGCCAGUCCGAACAAACAAGCAAAUAAUGAGGAACAGCAGGAAUUUGAACAGAAGAAUCAAGCAAAGGUGCCUUCAGUUCCGACCUCCAGGGGUACAGAGCUUAAGCUUGUCACACUUCCAGCCAGACAAGAAACUCGCGAAAUGCCAAUUCAUGAAGUAAAAAGUGCUCCGCACAGUCAUCGUCUUCCACAGUGGUUUGAAUGCUACUAUUUUAAUACUACAAUGGAAAGCACAGGAGUUUUAAAAUUGCCAAAAAACAUGGUUGAAUCGCUUCAUGUUGGGGCACUAAUAACGUUGCGCUAUCACCUUUCAUUUGCCGGUGUUAAAAGUAAAUAA